AUUUGCUUGUGAUCAAUGGAUCUGUUCCUUUUUUCCAUCAUCUUAUGCUCAUGCAUCUUUGCUGCAGUGUCUUGGAGAAAACUCAGUAGGCUGAGGCUAAGGCUUCCACCUGGACCUCCAAGAUGGCCAAUCUUUGGGAACCUUCUCCAGUUGAGCCCUCUUCCCCACAAGGACUUCGCUCGAUUUUGUACCAAGUAUGGCCCCCUUGUCUAUCUUCGUCUUGGAACCAUUGAUGCCAUCACCACUGAUGACCCUGAAGUCAUCCGUGAAAUUCUUGUCCGGCAAGACGAGGUCUUCGCUUCACGGCCUCGGACAUUGGCUGCUGUCCACCUUGCCUAUGGCUGUGGCGAUGUGGCUCUUGCUCCACUGGGGCCAAACUGGAAGAGGAUGAGGAGGGUUUGCAUGGAGCACCUGCUUACCACCAAGCGGCUCGAAUCUUUCGCUGCUCACCGAGCUCAGGAAGCUGAGCACCUCUGUGAGUUUGUAUGGGCUAAAUCCCAGUCAGGGAAGCCUGUGAAUCUCAGAGAGGUUCUUGGGGCAUUUUCAAUGAACAAUGUCACAAGAAUGUUACUCGGGAAGCAGUACUUUGGGCUGCAGUCAGCAGGCCCUGGUGAAGCGAUGGAGUUCAUGCACAUCACCCAUGAGCUGUUCUUUCUGCUGGGCCUGAUCUAUCUUGGGGAUUACUUGCCUGCCUGGAGGUGGGUUGAUCCAUAUGGGUGCGAGAAGAAGAUGAGAGAGGUUGAGAAGAAGGUGGAUGAUUUUCACCAGAAGAUAAUUGAUGAGCACAGGAAGGCAAGGGAUGCCAGGAAGAGUGCUGCAUCCCUUGAUGAUGGUGAUGAUAGCAAAGAAGACAUGGACUUUGUUGAUGUGCUGCUUUCCUUGCCUGGUGAGAAUGGGAAUGAGCACAUGGAUGAUGUGGAGAUCAAAGCCUUAAUGCAGGACAUGAUCGCUGCUGCCACUGAUACUUCAUCGGUGACCAACGAGUGGGUGAUGGCCGAGGUGAUCAAGAACCCCUGCGUCCUCCGCAAGAUCCAGGAGGAGCUGGACGCCGUCGUGGGCCGCAGCCGCAUGGUGGUGGAGUCGGACCUCCCCCACCUGACGUACCUCCGCUGCGUGGUCCGGGAGUCCUUCCGGAUGCACCCGGCCGGGCCGUUCCUGAUCCCGCACGAGUCACUCAAGGCGACGACGAUCAUGGGCUACGACAUCCCGGCGCAGACGAGGAUCUUCAUCAACACCCACGCGCUGGGCCGGAACCCGCGCAUCUGGGACGACGUCGGCGAGUUCCACCCCGAGAGGCACCUCCCGGCCGAUGGCGGCCGCGUGGAGAUCAGCCACCUGCCGGACUUCAAGAUCCUGCCUUUCAGCGCCGGGAAGCGCAAGUGCCCCGGGGCGCCGCUGGGCGUCAUCCUGGUGCUCAUGGCGCUCGCCAGGCUCUUCCACUGCUUCGACUGGUCCCCGCCCGACGGCCUCCGCCCCGAGGACAUCGACACCGACGAGGUGUAUGGGAUGACCAUGCCCAAGGCCAAGCCGCUCAUCGCCGCUGCUCAGCCGCGCCUGCCGCCGCAGAUGUACGGCUCCUGUCCUAGCCAUGGCAUGCAGAUGCAGUAAGGUCGAGCAAACACAUGCAUGGAUGUUUACCACAAGAAUGCUGAAAGAAUACAUACAUACAUACAUUGAUACAUAUAUGUAAUCUGAGGUAUAUCAACGCAAAACACAAUGAAUUGAAUCAUUUUCAUAUCAUUAACUGUUUCUCUC